UCGUUCCGCAUCCACAUCCCUGGACCGAUGGCGCAAAAACGGCCAGCCAGUCAGCAGGCCACACCUGCAAAAAGGCGGAAGCUUCAGGAUCCUGCAGCUUGGUAUGAAAGCUAUUCCGGUGCCACAGCGGACUAUUACAAGCGUUACAUGGAUAAGGAGUGGGGUGUGCCCAUCUACGGUCCAGGAAGAAGCCGUGACAACAAACUCUUCGAAAUGUUGAGCCUUGAAGGAGCUCAAGCUGGACUCAGUUGGGACACCAUUCUGCGCAAACGAGAGGCAUACCGCCGGGCUUUUGACAAUUUUGAUAUUGCCAAAGUGGCUGCGUAUCCUCCAAGCAAAGUGACUUCGUUGCUGAAAAGCCCGGGCGAGGGCAGUGCCGUCAUUGUGAAGAAUCGUGGGAAGAUUGAAAGCGUCAUACGAAAUGCAAAGCUUAGCUUGCAAGCGGCAGAGGAGUAUGGAUCUUUCUGCAAAUUUCUGUGGUCCUUCGUGAAGGGACGGCCCAAAGUAAACCGAUGGAAGAACAUGAAGCGCAUUCCGGUGGUCACUAAAGAGGCCAUGGAGAUGAGCAAAGAACUCAAAAAACGUGGAUUUGGUUUCGUGGGCCCCACCAUCUGCUAUGCCUUGAUGCAGUCCAUCGGCAUGGUUAAUGAUCAUCCAGUGAAUUCGCCUCAAUGGAAACGCGUCAACGACAUUGUGGAGCGGCGCUUUGGGAAGUGAAAUUGGCUGCC